AUGGAGGACACUUUUACUCCAAACCCUAAGCAAAGGCCAACUUUGACGACGAAUCGAAUCCAGGCUCCGACAACUCCUUUUUUCCUGGGAUCCAACGAUGACAGGCUGGAACGUGAACAAGCUCGUGCUGCUAGAGUCGCCGCUAGCCGUCGUAAGUCUAUCGGUUUCGCUCGUGGGCCUCAGCCUGAGAAGGAGUCGGAUCCGUGCUUUGACAAACAGCAGAUUUUGGAGUUGUUUCAGAACUGUAUCAAAUUGGCCAGUGAAAACAAAAUCAAUCAAAAGAAUACGUGGGAGUUGAAUUUGAUCGACCAUCUUUGUGAGAUAAUUAAAGUUGAAGACGAGAACAAUGCGGAAACAAAUUUUCAGAAGGCAAGUUGCACUCUUGAAGCUGGAGUUAAGAUUUACUCUAUGAGAGUAGACUCAGUUCAUUCAGAGGCGUACAAGGUCCUGGGUGGAAUUACUCGAGCUGGCCAAGACGACAGUGGAGAUAACGAGGAUGUUGCUGGUUCUGUAGAAAAUGCAACUAACCAAAAGAAACAGGCAGAGAAAAAGCUGUCACCUUUAUCAACACUGGAACCAUCCUUUGAUUCCCUUAACGUGAAGAAGUUCGAUGUGGCCUUUGCAGUGGAUCCCCUUUAUCAUCAGACUUCAGCACAGUUUGAUGAAGGUGGAGCAAAGGGUCUGCUGCUAAACAAUUUAGGAGUUUAUGGAUGGUGUCAAGUUCUGUUUGAUUCUCAAGAAAUCCCUGGGAAGCUUGUUUCGUCUGCAAAUCAGCAUGAUAAAUCAGAAACAAUUGAUCUAUCAUUUGCUAAAGAAUGUCUGGAGCAAAUGGUGCUAAACAUGCGAAAGAAGGAUGAGAUUGUACCAUCUCUUCGGACGAUAAUCAAUCAAUUUGAUGAAGAGAAUCAAAGACCAUCUGAUACGUUUUCUUGUGGCCAGAAGACAACCGAGUCAUUUGAUAUAUCACAUAGUAAUGAAGAUGGCAAUGUCGACGAUGAUGAUGGAUAUGAGAACUUUGGAACUUCUUUUGAUUAUGAUGGUCAACCUGGUGCUGCUGAUGAAAACUUUGGCCCCAAUGAUGCAGAACCAGUAUAUUCAAACUUUCACGAGGAAGUUGAACCAGAUUCACUGCAAGACCUUGAUUCGGAAGACAGAUUUGAGAAUGUUGAUGACUAUCUCAUUUUGUCGUUGGGAAUUUCAUCUAAGCAGAAUUCUUGGGCAGGUCCUGAUCACUGGAAGUAUCGAAAGACAAAAGCUCCAGAUGAUCUCCCUGCAUCAGGAAACGGAUCUUCUCCACCAGCAAAGAAAACCAGGAAAAAGAAGCAAGCAGAGCCUGAACUAGAUUUCACAAAAGCUUUGGAGGAAGAAAUGCCUGAUAUUUUUGCCCCUCCUAAAAACCCAAAGUCUCUACUUCUCCCAGCAAAUAGAGCCCCAUGUCAAACAAAGCUUCCAGAGGAUUGCCAUUACCAACCUGAGAAUCUAGUAAAGCUGUUUCUACUGCCGAAUGUGAUGUGCAUCGGGAGGAGAAGAAGAAAAUGCUCAGGUGAAACAAGGCAGCAGUAUGAUGAUGGUGAACAUGCGGAAUCUUGGGAAAAUGAUAAUGUCUAUGAUGAUGGCCCGUUUGAUAAUGGAAAUGAUCACAGUGAUGCAGAGGAUACCAACUCGUUAAUCUCUCAGCCACGCCAGGUCAACAAAAUUGAGGUCCAAUACGACAAAGCAUCAAAGCAAGUUGAUGUGCAAGUGCUAAAGGAAACUCUUUGGGAGUGUCUUCAGGAAUCUCCUCAACCUCCAAUUCAGGACGAGGAACACCAACAAGAACCACUUGAAAGCAGAUCGUUCAAAGAGCUAUUGGCUAGCUUUCCAGAUGACUGCCAAGCGGCUGGGUCAACCCAAGACAUCUCACCACAUCUAUGUUUCAUCUGCUUGCUGCAUCUGGCGAACGAGCACAACCUCAGCCUCGUUGGCUCUCAAGACUUGGAAGAUCUAACAAUACACCUUGCCUGA